UUGGAGCCAUUGCGCGCAAAAGGUAGUGGUGGUACUCCAGUGAUUUCUAGGGUUUUUAGUUCUGUGUAGCUUGUAAUCGUUGUUGUCGAAAUCGAUGCCUCGAAGCCUGUCGCGCUCUCCGUCGUACAGGAGGAGAUAUUCUCCGUCCCCUGUGGGUCACCGUCACAGCCGUAGAAGCCGCAGAGAUCGGAGCCGCUCGCCCUAUUCCAAUUCUACCCGGACCAGGCGAAGAAGUCGCUCUCCGAGUCAUAAGCGUCGGAGAACACGGUCUCCAGCUCAUAGACAUCGUAGGAGACAUAGAAGUAGGAGCUCUUCACUGUCUCCACUACCUAAAUCUCGCAGUUCUAGCCCUGUUUCAAAUGAGCAUAAAGCUGCCUCUGACAAACUGAAAAAAGAGGAAGAAGAAAAGAAAAGGCGUCAGCAUGAGGAAGAAUUGAAAUUAUUGGAAGAGGAAACUGCACUGAGACUUGAAGAAGCAAUACGGAAAAAUGUCGAGGAGAAGCUAAGUUCAGAGGAAGUGAAGUUAGAAAUAGAAAGGCGCAUAGCAGAGGGUGUGAAGAAAUUGUUUGAUGAUGUUGAAGCUCAACUUGAAAAAGAAAAGGAAGAUGCCCUCAGUGAAGCUAGAAGGAAAGAAGAACAAGCUCGUAAAGAGAGAGAAGAGCUGGAUAUGAUGCUUGAGGAAAAUAGGAGGAGGGUGGAAGAGGCUCAGAGAAGAGAAGCUCUAGAGCUGCAGCGGAAGGAGGAGGAACGUCAAAGGGAAUUAGAGAUGAUUAAGAGGCAGAAAGAAGAGGCUGCUUGGAGAAAGAAACUUGAAGAUGAGCAGGAAUAUGCCAAUCGAAUG